AUAUAUCAAAAUAUCCAUAAAAACAAAACUGUUUAGCUCUCAGAUAAGCCUUUAGCUUACUUGACCUCAUUCUUUUCCACUGGCCAAAUAGUAUUUCAAUUGUUUUAAACAAUUCAAAUCAAAUAAAAUGUAUGCAGUUUUGCGGAAAAGGUGAACAUAUUUUAGCUAUUCUAGUGGAAACAGAUAAGCCUAUAUGUAUUGCAGUGUAAAUAGGCCUACAAUUGUAUGACUUGACGCAUCACUGACAAAGUAUUUUACAAAGGAAACACGCAAAUCUUACCGUUUUUUUUUUUUUUUUAGUUUUAUCCUUCAAAUAGGCUACAGUGUUUUUUCCCCAUAAUGUUGUGGAGAUGCCUUCACACGGCAUCAACACCUCCGUGCAGCUGCGGUUGUACUGUGGCUAGGCCUAUUAUUCGAACAGUACAAUGGACCGUUCCACCGAACCCAGCAGUGUCCGCCAUAAUAUUGAAGUGUGCAUCAUUGAUCAUUGUUCUCUCUAAAAAAUGCAGUUUAGUUUAAAUAUGAAUUAUUAUUAUAGCACUCCUCGCUGUCAUUAAAACAUUACAUGCCCCAGGAAAAAGUGAUGAAGCAACAAAUACCUAUAUGUCUAAAUUAAUAUAGCCUAAUUUUGGUUUAUCUUCUGCGUAAUGACUUUAUGUAAUUUCACUGCUUAUCUCAAUUAAUGAGAGUGGAAUAUUUAAUGUAAAUGUGUAUAUCGAAAUAUGUUUAUUUUUUAUAAAUCCAGAUAUGUGCGUGGAAAACAGCGUUUUAGCAACGUUUAGAUAUAUAUUAGGCCCCUGAUAUUCACGUUUUAACGAGAAAGUUAGGAGUGAUUAAUUAGGCUGCAGGGCUCUCUAAGCUAUUUAGGGGCAUCCGUUCAUUGAACAUUGAGAGCGCGUUUCUCCUGUCCAAGGGCUUUUCUCCUGUCCAGCUCUUCUCGGUUCACAUUGCCUCUCAGAGGGCAGAAUAGCCCAAGCCUUGAUCCUCGUCAGUUGUCAUCCCCAGUUCGGGCCACUUUGGCCGCUGCUAGUGGGGAAGUCAGGCCUAAUCCCUGGAAGGAAUCAGGGCAAAAGAAAAGCAACAAUAACCAAGUCAAACGUAAAAAAAUGAAAGCGAAAUCUCUAUUAUCAGCCCCAGCAUUUCCCAGCGAUGCAGUGAAAUCAGGCUGGUUUGUCAUUCGAGUCAGACACCGGGGGGAGAAUCUGGGGUCGCUCUGGGUUGGUAGACUCACACGACGUUUAGAGAGCAAUAUUUCGGCUAAAGGGGGCCUCGCAUUUGCAAAAUCCCCCUCACAUCCCGCCAUAAGCAUUAAAUGCAGUCUGACUUUAUGUUGUAUAGGCAGCGCAAAACAAGAAAAGAGGCACAGUUCUCACAUAAAAGAACGCGGUUUUUGGGGAUUAGGGACGUCCCAAAGGAUGGAGAAUAACUUCUGCAUAACUUUACAGCUCCUCUCUCUCCAGGUUUAGAUACGGCUUAAAGCGCACAGUCUUUAGUUAACCCUUAACUGGUCCCUAUAUAGUCAGAGUCAUGAAUUGCCAAGUCAAAGUUAAGGCACUGAGUGCGAUACAGUCAAGCACUUGAGAAAAAAACGAGACCGAAUCGCAUUUAUUUUUUUAAUCUUAAAAUUUUAAUAUGUAGCCUAGUAUUUGUAUUUUAUCAUACAGGUAUAUCAAAAAAUUUAUUAACUGUCAAUCAAUUUAUUCACCGAGACAAACGAUCAAAAUAAUCUACAUUCAGUUGUGUAGCUGUUAUUGGUAUUUUAAUCCAAAAGUUUUAUUUGAAAGGCAGAAUUUUGUUUUAAGAUUUUAAACGCCUUAAUUGGAAGCACAAAAUAAUUAAUCUCGGGAUAAUGUCAUCACGAUCACAUGCCUCAUUUACCUCAGAAAUCAUUGUGAGGGUCAGAUGACCCAUGAAAUCAAUGUCUCUUGUAGUUCCUUGAAAACCUGCUUUUCGUUUUAAAAAUUCAUUAGGAUAAUCUUGAGCCACGCACAUUGAUAAUUUUCAGAAUUUAAGCCAAGUUAUCCAGGCUCAUCCCUUUGCUUAAGAGCUCUCCAGUCGAUGAAGAUACUUCACUUAUGCAGCCUAAUUAGUGAUUUUUGUCCUUGUUCAAUUGCCUCUGUCUGCGUUGUGCAUUCAAAUGAAGUCCUUAAUGCACAUGGUAAUUGUAGGCCUACCUGUAUAAAAACCUGACUAGUUUCACAAUGAUCAAUAAUCUUUAUGUCUUCCAGGACAUGCGAGGUAACGUAACACACACACACACACACACACACACACACACACACACACACACACACACACACACACACACACACACGUAUGAUUUUGUAUACCUCGUUCAUAAACUCCCUGCUUGCAAACCAAUGAAUUCAGCUGCCGGGGGGAGGAGUGGAGGGAUGACUUGGAUCAUCCAAUUUAAGGCUAUCACAAUAACAGAGCUGCAACACUGUAGUAGUGGAGAGCUAAUGCCACAAUCCACGACAUAAAACCUGCGAAUUUACCCUCAGACAUCAGCGCACGCAGUAGAAUAGCCCUUAAUGCGAGGUAUUCUCAGUCCCCCAUUUCCAUCAGGCUCUCAUGACUGCAGAAUUGCCGCGGACUGCAAGUUAUCAAGAGGCACUAAUUUCACAUUAAAGACCAUUGACUGCAGUGGCUUGAUUCGAGGGUUUGCGACAAUUAACACAAUCAGAAUCGGAGCCCAGAUCGUUUACCUUGACUCCGUAAUUAUUUUUUGGCCGCGCGCUAGCCUACAUUCGCAAAAUUGCACGCGGUGUCAAAAACCGAGAAGAGAGAGGAUGCAGCGCGUUUUCAUAAAGACACUGUCUCCAAACACAAACAGAAUAAUAAAAUACAAAAAGAAUACAAUGAGAAAUAUAUUAGACUGCUUAUCAAUCCCGAUUUUAAACGGUUUAAAAUAGGUGUUUGCAUUUAUGUUGUACCUUUUAAAUUUACAUUGACUAAUAGAUUAAUAUUGAUAGAGAUAAAUAAAAUAAAUAGACUAUAUUCUGUGUACAUGAUCAAAAACUAGAACGAAAAUAUACUAAUUCUGCAACUUUUAAGAAGCUGUUAAAUUUCUUAUUAGACUAACUCCAAUAAAACCAUAACAGCACCAUAUAUUUUCCUAACAAGUGAAAAUUCAUAACGUAAUAAACUAGUAGUAAAAUGUAUAUUUCAUAAAAACAGGGCAUCACAUAUAUUUUACGUUAAAUGGAUGCCAGAGGCAUCACUGACCCUAUUUAGCUCUUUCUGUAAUAAUUCUGAGCAACAUGCAGAAAUACAACUCUGAAAUAGAAACGUAGCCUAGUUAAUUAAAGCAAAAUAGUUUAAACAGUACAUUGUAUAGACACAAAACAACUGGAAAUGGAUGAAACGGGACUCAAUAUCCAGUUCUUUCAACUUCACUUUAGACAUUACAGGUGCACCCAUCAGUUGAAAUCCCGUGCAUCGCGAGAUUACCCUAGUCAUGUGACCGAGAAAUAGGGAAAAUAAAGAAAACUGGAAGCUGUGUAGAGUCACAAAACGCAGAGCGACAGCGUGUAUGAGAUAUGGAAUUGUUAACGAAAUUUACAUUUGUAUCAGCAUGCUUAUGUGCAGAAUGGGCUGUUACUUUCAUUGCCGUUGCUAACUGCUCUAUUUCCCCCUCAGAAAUGAGUGGCGAUAGUUCACUAAAGCUGCCAUCAGCAGUCAGUACAGUCUGUCAGAACUGUUACACUGGCUUCAACAGUCUGGAGGACAUUUAUAAAAACAUAUCAUUUGACAACUCUGGCCCUGGAAAUGUCAGUUGCCAUGACAGCCUGAUGCGUUCUGAUAGGUUGAUGCUGCUCUAUACCCUCUUCAUCAAAUUAGAUGAGAUCUGGACAUCAGCAGAAUGCAAGCAAUGUCUGAUUGAAGAUCAAGAUGCUCUUUCCAAUGAUACUCUUUACUACGUGGCCACUCUGAAUCAGUCCCUCUCCUGCUUUGAACAAUAUCUGAGGAACCACACUGAACUGUGUAAAGGCUGCAAAACCUCAUACAGAAGGUUGAACGAGGUCUAUGGUACAAUGGAGAGAAACCAAAUGCUCUGCAUUGAUUUAGAAGAUGCAACAAAUAUGACACAGCCCCUGUGGAGUAAAAACUUUAGUUGCUUGUUACCUCGGGAGGAGACAGUGCCUGUCAUCACAGUGUCCAGCUUCAUGCUCUUCCUCCCCGUCAUCUUUUACUUAAGCAGCUUCCUGCACUCAGAGCAAAAGAAGCACAAGUUUAUACACCCCAAAAGAGUCACGUCUAGCAGCAGCCUAAUGAAUAUCCAAGACAAAUUCAGCUGAGUGGAGAUGAGGCAAGGAGGGGAAGAGAGGACAGUGAAUCUUUGGUUCACCUCUCCUGCUAAACCAACAGGCACUUUCAGUAUGGACGGGUAGGGUUCACAUCUUCUUCUUCUGGUGAUGAUUUCAAUAAUUACACUGGAUGCUAGUAUUAUAUUAUUGUAUUUAAGGUAUUAAGGAGAUGUGAUCCCGAAAGAGGGAAAUUUAUCUUGUACAUUAGACUAGUUAUGCUGCAUUUUUACUGCACUAACAAACUAUGUUACAUAUACAUGUUCGCAUUCUCUAUUUUCCUGGGUGAUAACAAAUUCACAAUCACACAUAAAUGCACACACACACACACACACACACACAGUACAUGGCAAUGGUACCACUUCUGGAAGCACUCCAUGUGCAUUAGAGAAAGAUCUUGUAGCAAAUACUUUAUUCAGGGUCAAAGGUGUAUGCAGUGAGUAGAGGAGAA